UCAUCAUCAUCAUCAUCAUCAUCGCGACAAUUUAUGCGACCGUUGAACGUGACCCGACACAGCAGGCGUCUAUUUAUUUAAUUAGCGUUGUCGUGGCAACGUAUUCCGCUAUAUGUAUAUCAGCGGAAAUGACAAUAACCAAAGUUCUACGAGCGGUAGGAGCUCAGUGACGGUUCGUUCUUCGGAACAGUGUAGUCUUAACUGUAAUAUGUUAUAUUUUAUGUAAGCAUUUCCGUCAACGUGCGAAGGUAACUAAUGACCGAUUCUUCAACCGCGCAAAAAUCGAACAUAAAAAUCGGUCGUGAUUAAAAUUUAUCCGCUCGCAACCACCUCGACGAUUGUAUACCGAUUAAAUAUUUUUGGAUAAUCUCAAUUUUUUCCAAGAGUUUUUUCUGUAUCGGUUUCAUUUAUUUGUUUUUUUUCAACUUGAUUUUUUUAUCAUUUACGUAUCGGUUAUUCACAGAUACGCGUUUCGGUGUAGAUAUACCCAAUACUUAAUUUUUCCAUAUUCAAUAUCGUUCGCAGAAUAAAUGACAGUAAUAUGUAACGGAGUUUAUAUCGGAACAGAAGCCUGGUAACUGCACAGUCCCGUUUCCGCGGGUAUCAAAUGUGUCAAGCCGUUCUUGCCAGGAAGGAUUAACACCGACACCGAAGUGAAAAGCUUUUCUAUGAAAGCACAAAAUCCCGGCUGCAAGUUCCUUCGUAUUUCAGAUUAUAUUUGGAUCCGUAUACUCGGAAACAUAGCUGCAGAAAUUUCUAUCUUCGGUACAUCGGGUACGAUUAUGAGGUGAAUUUAUAAAACGGUAGGAAUAUACGCGACGAUGUUUCUGUUGAAAAAUCACCCCGGUAACAACGGAAGUCUGAGCGGUGCCCUCGUCGACUGCGACGAAUUUGGCUGGUGGUUGACGGGAUCGAAACCCAAUUCAACAAGCGCGUUAACGAACGCCGCAAACGAUGUUUCAACGGGUUCGACCGAUCGAUCGACGAUAUCGUCUUCCGACGAAGAAACUAUCGUGGAAAACGACGAGACAAUUGGAACUGACAACCGCGCCCUUGCCGAAAACCCCCCGGCCGAAUUGAAUUCAUCGAUAAAUCCGGAGGAGCUAACGGGGGUGAAAUUUUCCACCGAGAAUACGAAUGGAAACCAUUCGUCAAAGCUGGAUGAUUUUCCGAUGAGAUAUCGAAACGGAUCUGUAAAAAAUCAAGACGCCGACGAGGAGGAAAUUUGCUACGCGGAGGAACCGCCGUGCGAGACGUCGUCCCGUUCUUACACGCCCGAAAGAAUAGUGAGGACGCAAAAUUACGUGAUUCUUUCGCCGUCCCCGACGUUUUCAAUCACGCCGAAAACCGAACCAUCGACGCCGACGAGCACUCCUACGAAGAAACGAACCGACAAACGUCACAGACAACUCAAACGUCUAAUCGACCGGCAACUGGUCGGCGCUUCUCAACUCGAGGCUAUUCUUGACCCAGACGCUUUGGAUAUAAAACUUCCGAUGCAAGAGACGAGAAAUUUCAAAGAGACGACGUACAGAGAGAGGCGAACGGCGGAAAAAUUGUCGAACAAUUCUUUAGAGUCCUCGUACAGAGACCUUUUGGCGAUCGCUAAUUUCGAAAGCCCCAAAAGACUUUUGACCCCCGAUUUAAUGAGCAGUGGAUCGAGCUGCGAGAGACUUAAUUUCUUCGAUGAAGUCGUCGAAGAGGUAUUAAAAAACGAGAAGAAUUCCAAUAUGGAUUUAUGGGACGGUUCCGGAUGCGGGGAAAAUAUCCUCAGGGAAGAAGAAUCCUGGGAGCAGGAUUUUGGUUACGAAAUUGUGGACGAGGACCCGGAGACUGUGGUACGCCAUUUGAGAGGAAGAAUCGAACACCUUAGAAACACCAAUAAAGAUAUAUUCGGGGACAUUUCUUCGUUGAGAAAAAACUUUCAGUGGGCGGAGAAGAAGACUGGAAACCUGACAACGGCAACGACUAGACUGAGGAGUGAAAUUCGCGAUUUGCGAUACUUGGAUGACCUAGUAAAUCUACUGCGAGGUGAAUUGGAAAAUAUUUCUCAAAGAAAUUGGCCGUUCAAUCUCGGCCACGUAGACCAUCGUGCCGAAGAAGUUAACUUGGUGGUCUAAACCGAAUAAAAAUUUCAGUGUCUUCCGAAAAGAAAAUUUCCCAUCGCAACAGACUGGAAAUAAAAAGAUAGCAAUUACAUUGUCAA